GGAAGAUCGGGUGCGCUGCCUGCCCGCGCGUGUUGGGCGGUUUCUUCCGCGGACACGGCCGCUUCACUAUAGGAUGUUGGAAUUGCUAAACUUAGCUAAACAAAGGCGCCUAAUGCCGCCCGUAACUCGGCACGCGGGCAUCCUCGUGCAAAACACUUAGUGUACGCCGUAGGCACGGGCAGCCGGGCUACGCGUUGCAAAAAACGCGGCAGCAAUUGGGCUGCCUCUCGCCGAGAAAACGGCCAAAAACCAUGCAAAAAGCCAUGCGAUCGUCUUUUUUGGCGCCGUUUCGAGCCGAUCGGGCCACCGCAGCGUCGGACAUCGUAAAGCAUGUGGCCGCGGACGAUUUAAAACACUAAACAGGGGCAGCGGUCCGUGGGAUGUCAGUCUAUGCGUGGUCCGCGUUUACGGCGAGAACGCGGCUUCGGGCGAAAAUCGCGCCCGUGGGUCGCGAGAUUUGGCAGAGGCCUUCUCAGCCACCAUGACGUGCAUACGAGGGGCGUCGAGGGCUGUGUUGAGGACCACGGGGAGCAGCAAUGCCUGGAGCGCGUCGCGGCGGCGCCGUGGGCUCGAAAUCUCAAAAGUUAUGAGAACGUCACGUCGAUAUCGUCAGUAGGCAUGGUGAUGGAGCGAAAACGGCCGAAGGUUCUCAUAACUUUUGCGCUCACGGCGGCUGAGAGGGCUAUAUGUCCGGCCAAAUGGGCAGCCCCUCUCGCUCCCAGGAGCGCCCGCGAGCUGCUACUUUUUUGCUCAUCCGCGAGCUGGGACAUCGGACGACGUGCUGCGGCCGCGCUUCCGCUGAAAACAGGCGCGGCGACCGGUGAACUCCACCAUUCACGCUGCGCGUUUAGCUAAACAAAGC